UAUAGCCGGAACUUUAUAAUGUGACACACAGAGGAAACAGUCCUGGCGCUACUUCUAAGUUAGCCGCUUGUUGAAGCUGGAAAACGGUUGCAUUCGCGUAUAACAGAGAAAUAUUUGAGCUGUCAAAGUAACGAUGUGUUCCGUUGAGUAUUUGCGAGAGUUUGUUAGCGAGAGACUAACGGCUGCUGCUGAAGAGAUAUUCGGCGUCUUUGUUAAAACGAUGGUCCAGAAUGAGGCCGAGAUCAGUCAGCGCAGACUGCAGGAUAUCACUGUGAAGUUCCCCAAAAUAAAGUUACACAGAAUCGACCUCCCACAACAACUUGUCAUUAAUGAUAAAGAUGAGGCUCUUAUAGAGCAGCAGCAGCACUGUAACCAGGAGAGGAACUCCAGAUUGGUCCAGGAGGAAGCAGAGCCUCUCCUGAUAAAAGAGGAACAAGAGGAAGACUGUUCCAUGGACACCAGAGACCAGCAAGGAACUAAACAUGUAGAAAUGGGAUCAACCACCAAUGAGGAGCUGAAGCCAAAGAAGAAAUGUCACAGAACCAAAAAUUACAAUGUGGACUCUCCCAUGUCAGGGAGUCACUGUAACAUGGACACAGACCAGCUCCAGCAAUAUGUCUGCAAGGAGGAGGUUCUCGAGGACUUGUACCUCUUUAACCUGGAGAACUCUGGUCUGGAUCAACAGGACAUUGGAUCGGCUAAGAUUAAGGAAGAAUGGACGGAACUUUGCACAAGUCAGGAGAGACAGGAGCUUGUAAUUGACCAGGAAACCAAUCCAUUAACAGUAAUUUAUGAGGAAAAAAACUACUGCCAGCCGAAACCAAGCAGUCACCUGCUCCUCUCUCACAACUCUCUACAUCAAAAAAGAACGUCCACAGAUGAGAAACCAUAUUCUUGCAACACUUGUGGGAAAAGAUUUAAAUAUGCAUCAAAGCUAAAAAUACACACGAGCAUUCACACAGGUGAGAAGCCAUUCUCGUGUGACGCAUGUGGGAAAACAUUCAGGAGAAAGGAUAACUUGUUGGUCCAUAUAAGAACUCACACCGGUGAAAAGCCAUAUUCCUGCAGCAUUUGUGGGAAAGCGUUUAGAGACAGCUCAAAUCUGAUAUAUCACAUUAGAUUUCACACAGGUGAGAAGCGAUACUCGUGUGAAACAUGUGGGAAAAGAUUUUAUCAUAAGGGCAAUUUAACGGUGCACAUGGUGACGCACACAGGUAUAAAACCUUACCACUGCAAGAUUUGUGGAAAAAGAUUUGCUUGCUUAGCAAAUUUGAAAAUUCAUGCAAGGACUCAUACGGGUGAGAAGCCAUAUUCUUGUGCGACAUGUGGCAAAACUUUUAGUCAGAGUACAAAUCUGAAAUUCCACACAAGAAUCCACACAGGCGAGAAGCC